UUCAUACUGGACUCGCCCAGGGCCUCACGGUUUCCAACAUUCGUUUGCAAGGGGCCCCAGAUUGAUAACAUCAAUCUCCUAAAUCCGCAACAAAUAUGCAUAAAUAACUCCCAGCCACCGACGUGGACCCUAAGCGGACCAGGAACGUCGGUCGAACUCUUAAUACUCAGGUCUACCCUAGAUUUCCCUAGUGAGCACUCGUCCCCCUCGCGGCUGUAUCCCUACUCUCCCCUCUUGGAUGAGACUGCUGUAGAUUUCUCCGACAUCUGGCAUAUCGGACUGCUUCGCCGCCUGCCUGUAACUUCACUGCAAACAUCGUCGGCAUCACUCGAUGGAAGGUCUCGAGAAUUCUGCGUCCGCACCGUAUCACCGGUCCGCUGGUGGUCCAGCGUGGACAGCUCAGACUCCUCAUGAAAAGCCGCACCUCGCGAAGAACAACAGCUGGCUGGCCAGCCUCGUCUCGAGCUCCAAUCAGGCACUGCCCGUUCAUGGCAACAGCGAAAAGCACCCUUGGGAAAGCGCGGAGACAUUGCACGGCAAUGCGGCCAUGCGUUUCAGGAGCGUGAAGAGGAGUCUGAUGCGCAGACUCCCGUCUUGGGCACAAGGCGACUUGAUGAGGUCUAAUCUACUUGCCCGACCGACAUUGUCCCAAGCGUCAGGACUCCCCGGCAUCAUACCGUCCCCUGCCACCGUGCGGUUCGCGCUCCUCUGCACGCUAUGGUACUCCACCUCCGCGCUUUCCUCGAAUACGGGCAAGGUCAUCCUCACGCAGUUCCGCUAUCCCAUCACCUUGACUUUUGUGCAGUUCGGCUUCGUCGCUGGCUACUGCCUGCUCUUCAUGAGCCCCGCCGUGCGGUUUUCCAAGUUCAAACUCCCUACGAGAGCUAUCUUCAAUAGCACGUUGCCGAUGGGCUGCUUCCAGGUCGGGGGACACAUUUUCUCCAGUAUGGCCAUUUCGCGGAUACCGGUCAGCACUGUCCAUACAAUCAAGGCUCUGUCCCCGUUGUUCACCGUUGCGGCCUACGCGCUGCUCUUCCGCGUGCGCUACUCACCGAAGACGUACCUUUCCCUACUCCCCCUCACCAUUGGCGUGAUGCUCGCCUGCAGCUUCGACAUGUCCGUGUCUAACGCGAUCGGGCUUCUUUGUGCAUUUGGCUCCGCACUUGUCUUCGUGAGCUCGAAUAUCUUCUUCAAGAAGAUUAUGCCGUCCGGGCCUGGUGCGGUCGCGGCCUCCUCGCACAAGUUGGACAAGCUCAACUUGCUGUUUUAUUCGUCGAGCAUGGCGUUUGUAUUGAUGGUCCCGAUCUGGGUGUAUACUGACCUUCCGGCACUGCUGGCCAUGAUCCGCGACCCCACACACAUUGGUCACCCCGCGCACGACGGGGGCUCCCACCAUUCGGUGCUGUACAACUUCCUCGCGAACGGAACGGUGCACUUUGCGCAGAACAUCAUCGCAUUCGUACUGCUGGCCCAAACCUCGCCCGUCACGUACAGCAUCGCGUCGCUCAUCAAGCGCGUCGCCGUCAUCUGCAUCGCCAUCGCGUGGUUCGCGCAGCCCGUACACCCAGUCCAGGCGUGCGGCAUCGCGCUCACGUUUGCCGGGCUGUACAUGUAUAAUCAGGCGAAGAGUGACGUCGAGCAGGGCGAGCGAAGCAUGCGUCGGGUGGCUGCCGCUCGUGCACUGGAGCUUCCAUACAGCACUAGGCCCGAGCUCAGAGACGUGCCAGCGCCCCCGCCUGCGAUCGCCGUGGACAUGCGCGCGGACGUGGGCAUGACAUCAGCGUAUGGCCGUCCGCGUGCGCAGCCCACCGCUGCUGCACAUGCGAUAAUGUCGCCCGUUUCCCAGAGUCUUCCGCCGCGCCGACAGUCACAGUCACAACCGCGUCCCACCCACCGCGCACGUCCACUCUCGUACUCCCAGACUCAUAACGCGCCCAACCUCCGCAUACAGAUCACGCCGCCUGCGUCGACGGGCACCAAGCCCGGUGUGGCUGUGUCACCCGUAGACCUGUACCCGUCUCCACCGCCGUCGCUGGACUCGCCGCCGGCUGAAGAAACAUGGCCGAUAAACCGGCGUGGCUCGAUGGUGACUGGACAUCCGCCCCCGCAUUACCAUCCCAACCCGGCCCCACCAAGGGCAACUGUUGUUGCAUAGUGUUUCACGGACAUUACAUAGACGUAAAGUGUGCUUCGGACAUCUUGGAUUUUUACUAGACAGGGGCGAUAGUGAUUGUGCUAUGCGCCCGACAAUCGCAUGACGGCGGCGAGAGAGAGAUGGCUUUGCCAUCGUUUCUCGACACGUACCUCACCCGCGGUUCGCUCGACGACGCUCUUUGAAUGUUUUGCUUGCAAGCGAGCGGACUGUAUUUAUGCAUGGAUUGUUCAGUUAUGCUUAACAUAGUGACACUUUUAACGUUGCAUAGUUGCGUACUCUGUGAUCUCCUUCAUGUAAAUAUGACGCACGGAACACGAGCUCUCAUGCAGAUGUUUGUUCUCACUAGUCGUUUCCGUCGUAUGACUCCUUGCUUGGACAGGAAUGAACUUUCAUGC